CAAUUACACCUUCAAUAUUUAGGCCGAACGACAUAUUGAAUGUAAAUAAAGUUAUUCACAAUGCAUAAUGUAUAUUUUAUCAAGGGCAGGAAUCUGCAUUAAGGAAGGCGUGUUCCGAAACUUACUGAGGACUUUGCAACAACCGUUCCGUAACCUCCCCUUCUGCGGAUUAAAUAAGAACUCCUGCUCAUCUCCGCGCCCAUUGCUGUGACGGUUGCUUUACUAAGAGUGUGAGAGCCGGAGAACUGUGUGACUGCGAUGGAUCAGUGGCCAGACGUAAAAGAACUAUUUUCGAACCUCGUUCCCGCCGCUUUGGGCGUCAUCGGCAAUACAGCAUUAACAGCAGUUCUGUAUGGACUGGAGUAUCUGGUGGAGAAAAACAGCCCAUGUCCCUGUGAUCCGGAAUGGAAUGCUAUCCAUUCGAAUCUUGCUUUUAUUGUACCCACAGUCGUCCUCCUUCUCAUCAGUAUGAUGGUGGUACCCCGUUCGCGGCGAAUGUUUAAGUGUGGAACGUGCAGACCAUGUCCCGAGUGUGGAAGGUGCAGUGGAUGUUCCCAGUGUUGUACGCGCAGUGAAUGUCCCGAGUCUGGUUCACGGUUCCCAAGUUGCUGCAACAGCUGCAGAAAAUGUUGUUUUGAAUUGAACACACUGAUGCAAAUAUCGAUCCCAUCUAUCAUAUGGGUUGUUAUUUUACUGCUGGAUGGGGACUAUGUCGCCUGUUACCAAGCCCCUUCAGUCAAUCGGACGCACGGCCAUCAGAAAUGCGAACAGUUUUGCAACCUCGAGACUUCGUCUUCUCUGCGCUACUAUUGCUUCAGGUCCCGGAUAAUUGGCAGCAUUAUACUCGGUGUAUCUGUGUUCUUACUGGUAUUACUAAAAUUCUUUCCGAGGUGGACUUAUUGUGACUAUACUGAGGAGGGAUAUUACAAGUUCAAGUAUCUACAAUCGUUGGAAAAGAAGAAAUGGAAGAAGAUAAAGAAAGAGUUGGGGAAUAUGGUGGCAAAGACGGCAAAUGUGGAGGCCAAAGAGCUAAUUUCAAAUCUGAGCCACUACAUAACUGAUCAGGGUGAACAGAACCCUAACCACGGCGCACACAGCUCUAACGAAGGUGCACAGAGCUCUAGCCAGGGUGAUCCGAACUCUAGCCAGGAUGAUCAAGAGUUGCAAGCACUGAUAACGCCGGCCAGUGACAGUUCAGCAUAACCAACUGUAGGAGCCGUGUUUUCUGAGCUGCACGUUAAUUAUUUUUAUCAUAAAAUGUAGUGGUGGUAAAAGCAAAUGGAAUAAGUAUCAUACUGUUGCUUAUUUCUUUGUAGGUUAUAGCUUGGAAACGCAGUGUUCAUGUUUUUGCUGACUGAUUAAUAUCACUUAAUAUUGCUUCGAUAUUGUAUGUUUUCUAAUUAUUAAU